ACAGGAGUGGGAGGGCAGCAGGGAAGGGGACUUCGAGGGGAGAUCGGGGAGGGGUGGGCCUCGAAGGAGAGCUCCCCGACUCAAGGGUUGCUUUCCACUUGGCAAGGCAAACACGCAAGAAAGAGGUGCGGGCAAGCAGCAGGGACAUGUUUGGGCGGGCGUUGGAGAGGAUGCCACUCCGGCGCUGAUUGAGGUCGGGCCAUUCCCCGCCUGCUCUUCUCUCUCUCUCUCUCCUUUUCAUCUGAGGCUGGGACUGGCAGCUCCCUCCGGGGGAUUUAGCCGCGCCAGAGCCGCCCCCGCCUGAUCCACUCUGCGCCACCCCGUGACUCCCUGCGUGGGGGAUCAGCCAGGCAUGGAGGCGCGCCUGGGCAGGGCUCGGGGAGGCGCGGGUCCCUCCUGAGGGUGGCUCGCUCUCCUUCUCCUCCUCCUCCUCCUUCUCCAUGGCUUCCCCGCGGCUGGAGACCUUCUGCUGCCCGAACCGCGACGCGGCCACGCAGCUGGUGCUGUCCUUCCAGCCGGAGGUCUUCUGCGGGGUCUGCCUGGGCAGCGCGGGGGCCGGCCUCUGCUUCAGCCUCCUCCAGCUCCUCCCCAAGAAGGGCCGCGGCGGGGCCAGGAAGGGGCCCAAGGCCGCCGCCUCCGCCUCCUCCUCCGCUUCCUCUUCGGCCACCAUCCUCCUCCUCAUCUCCGCCUGCGACAUGCUGGGCGCCCUGGGUAUAAUCUUCAGAUCAACUGUUUGGCUAGGGUUCCCAAACUUUAUAGCAAACAUAUCCGUGGUGAAUGGGACUGAUGUCUGGCCUGCUGCUUUUUGUGUCGGGAGUGCGAUGUGGAUCCAACUCUUGUACAGUGCUGGCUUUUGGUGGCUGUUUUGCUAUGCUGUUGAUUCCUACUUAGUUGUUAGAAGAUCUGCAGGUUUAAGUACAAUUGUGUUAUAUCACAUGAUGACGUGGGGUUUGGCCAUCCUGCUGUGCGUGGAGGGAAUUGCUAUGCUGUACUACCCUUCCGUUUCUAGUUGUGAAAACGGUCUGGAGCAUGCGAUUCCUCAUUAUGUCACUACGUACGUUCCACUAGUACUUGUUUUGGUGGCCAACCCAAUCCUUUUCAGUAGGACAGUGACUGCUGUUGCAUCUUUACUGAAAGGAAGGCAAGGAAUCUACACAGAGAAUGAAAGACGUCUGGGGACAGAGAUCAAAGUUCGGUUUUUCAAAAUUAUGCUGGUGGUCGUUAUUUGUUGGUCAUCAAAUAUUAUCAACGAGGGCCUCUUGUUCUACUUGGAAAUGCAGCCAGAUAUCAAUGGAAGCCUUUUGAAAAAUGUCCGAAGCGCUGCACUGAUCACGUGGAUCAUAAUGGGAGUACUGAACCCAAUGCAAGGCUUUCUCUUCACAUUGGCCUUUUAUGGCUGGACUGGCUGGAAGUUGGAUCUGCAGUGGCGAAAGAGUGAAAUACCCUGGGAGUCCAUGUCCACGUCAACAGCGGCUGAGAAUGCUUAUGGCUUGCCUGGCGAAAACUCUGUAAACUUCCAUGACUCAAAGAAAACAUCUGUAGUACCAAAUCAAACGGAUGAAGCCUUAAGCAUGCUGUCUGAAGGUUCUGAUGCUAGCACAAUUGAAAUCCACGUCUCAAGUGGAAUCCAUGAAUUAGAUGGUAACGAUGCUGAUGUUGAAUAAAUGGAAAACCAUUCCAAUGA